ACUGGAUGACGUAUACUGUUUUGCUUUUGGUGGCGGGAAGCGAUAUCUUGCUAUCGGUUUGACUUUUCUUGUGUUUUUAACUGCAUUAGUUGAAGCAUAGCAAACUAGCCUGUCGUAGUUCACCCAAUUACUGAAAGUUCGUCUCAUAUCAUGCGUGGGUGGGAUUACUGACGUUUGCGUGGAAACACUCGACAUUGAUAUUCUUCGACAGCUGAAAGUUGCAUAAACUUCAAUGGAGAGCUUAUUAAUACGCGAUAACCCGCUGCUUUUACCUCUCAACAAGAAGAAAACAGUCUAUGAUGGGUUUAUAACCGUACAGGAAAGAGACUUCAGAAUAAGAAUACUCCUCCCUCCAGAUCUCCAACUGAAGCGGGCCAGGCUGCACUGCUGUUGGCAGCUGAAACACCUGUUGCGUGAAUAUGAGCACAUAGUGAAGCAGAGGCUGCAGCAGUCGGUGGAUCUUGGCGGUUUCAUUCUGGAGUUGAAAACCGUCUUGGAAGUGGCUCUAAAUCGAUGUCCUGAGGGUCGCUCCGUCCCGCCUCCUCGAUAUUACUCCCAGCUCAUAUCUGAGAUGGAGACUGUCGGAUGGGAUAAGAUGCUUUUCAUAGACAUGGACUUCCAAACACUGAAGCUGAGGGCAGAGGACUCCUCUGGAAGGCAGCACACUCUCACUGUUAAACUCAAGUCAAAGCAUCCAGCAGAGGCUCCUGACUGUUCAGCUGACCUGCCAGUCCCUUUGACCAUCACCUGGACACCACAGAGUACUCUAGAGCAGCUCCACAGCCAGUUCCUGCUGGUUCUGGAGUCCCUGACGGACUUCUGGGACGUCCUGGAUGAGAUCGACAGGAAGACCUGGGUUCUAGAGCCGGAGAAACCCAGCCGUUCCGACACGAUGAGGCGGAUCGCCAUAGGAAACAACGUCUCCAUCAAGGUAGAGGUGGAUCCGCGACACCCGAAGAUGCUGCCAGAGUGCUGCCUGCUGGGAGCCGAUCAUGUGGUGACUCCGCUGAGGAAUAAACUGAACGCCAACAUGCACAUGUGGAACCCGGACUCCAGCGUCUUGAACAACCUCCGGGAUGUUUUGGAGAUCGAAUUCCCGUCACCGGCCACCCACGAAAAAUCUAGUUUCAAUGUGGAGUGUGGCAUCUGUUACUCCUAUCGGCUUGAAGACGCCAUCCCAGAUCAAGUGUGUAAUGACCCCCGCUGUGGCCAGCCGUUCCAUCAGGCCUGUCUCUAUGAGUGGCUGAGAGCGCUCCCCUCCAGCAGGCAGAGCUUCAACCUUGUUUUUGGAGAGUGUCCUUACUGCAGUAAGGUAUGUGGACGCAGGCAGCCGACACAAAGGCCUGGCCUCAGCGCCGCAUACAUAUUCAGUAGCUACUCAUAUGGAUCCAUUCAUCAUCUGGCCUUGUCUUCUCAAAGUGCCUUCACACGCAGUUUAGUAGCUAGAACUGAGUCAGAGUUCUAGUAAUUUGUGCAUGAGAUUUUUUCUUCCACAUCUUUCAACUUUACAGAUAAUUCAUUAAUUACAACAACGUGAUGCUUAUCUUUGUAUUUCAGCCUAUUACAGUGAAAAUGGCCGCCCAGAAGACCUGAGGAGCAGCAUGAAAAGAAAAUGACCUUCUACCUGCUAAAUAAGUCACUUAUGCUAUUGAAUUGAACUUCAGCGAA